GUCUGUGUGGGUCUCAUCAAGCAGGCUGCUGAACAUAGAGCAAAGAUGGUAUUCCUUCCAGAAAGCUCUGAUUUCAUGUCAUCUUCUCAGGACCAAAUGCUCGAACUUGCUGCACCUCUAGACUCACACUCAUUUUUAAACAACAUUCGUAGAGCGGCUAAAGAAUACAGUAUCUGGGUCUCUGUAGGCAUCCAUGAAUCAUCAUCCGAACCAAAGAAAGUGAAUAACGUACAUGUGAUCGUAAAUAACAAGGGAGAUAUAGUCUCUAUAUAUCGCAAGACACACAUGUACUCGUCAGAUAUGAACGAUGGUCCUACUGUAGAUGAAAGUGAAAGCACUACACCUGGAGAUGAAAUUACACCUCCUGUUGACACACCACUCGGUAAGAUAGGCUCACAAAUUUGUUAUGACUUGAGAUACCCCGAGAUCAGUAUCAAGUUGCGCAACAAGGGUGCCGAGAUUCUUACCUUCCCAAGUGCCUUUACACCCAAGACAGGUGCACACUGGGAAAUCCUGUUACGAGCAAGAGCAGUUGAGAAUCAAGCAUUUGUCAUUGCCUCUGGACAAAUAGGUCAGCAUAAUGAAAAGAGAGAAAGCUUUGGACAUGCCAUGAUUGUUGAUCCAUGGGGCACUGUAUUAGCAGAAUGUGCAGAUAACGCAGAGAUACCUGGUAUGGCCAUUGCUCCUAUAGAUAUUGGUUACUUGAAGCAAAUUCGAAAGGAACAACCUGUGUUUGAGAAUAGACGUUAUGAUUUGUAUCCAAAGAUAGAAUAAAUCCUGUUGUCAUUGCAACCUGACUAAAGCCA